AAAGGAAAGUGAGCGGGUAGAGCCACAACACAAACCAGGGACACAUCUCAGAGAGGGAUCACCCAGCCAACAUGAAGACUUUAAUACCUCUCGCUCUGGCCUUAGUGCUUUUCUACCAGCCAGCCGAAAAUGUUGUUAUCAAGGAGGGAGAAUUCUCUUUUCCACUGGAAGCGGUGAAGAAACUGAAGGGUUUUCUGGACCAGGAGCCAACAUUCAAACAGAAUGCCCGGAGCGGCCUCUCCAACGCAGCGGCCAUGUGUUCCAACCCGGGCUUCCCUGAGGAAUUCAAACCUGUGUGCCAAAGCAAAAAUGCCAGGGCUUCCCUCACCAGACUCGCACUGGUCACUACCCGCAUGGAUGUCUGUGAGGUUUGUGCCUAUGUUGCCUGCACCGGCUGUUGAAUGACUGAGGAUGGACAAAUAUCUACAGACUGAUGUUUUGACUUCUUUAUGAAAUACUUAAGUAUCUUUUGUCCAGAUGCAGUGAAUUUUCCAUUUCUUGUUGAUUUAAUACUUCAAAACGGAAUUGUCUUGGUUACAUACUUACUCUGGUUACUUCCAUACUAUGGUUACUUUCCAAGUGUGUUAAGUAUAUUUAAUGUUUUUUUUUUUGCAUACUUCUUAGAGGAGUAAUCAUUUAGAUACUUGCCUGCUUUAAUUUCAUGGCAUUAGUUUUCGGUGUUGUAUUUGUAUGGAGUUUGUAAAUAUCUAUGUGAAACCUGCUAUUAUCACAUUCUGUUUUCUAUAAUUUUAGUUGUAUGUAGUUUUUAUUUUGCACUUCUGAAAAAAAUUAAACGCAAAUGAAAAAUGAGAUUGUCCUCUUUUAAAAGAAUAAGCAAAUAGACUUGCCACCACUGGAUUAAACACUGACUUCAGUCUAUUUAUACUCAGUUACUAAAGAGAUGCUACAAACACCAAGAUUACUGAUUCUGACCACCUAUGCUUGCAAUGUGCGAGAACCCCCCCCCCCCUUAAGAAUGUAACAGUGGUAAUGUAGUGGUGUUGAGGAUUUCUAAAAAUGUCAAAUCUGGAACACAACAGGAUGGCAUUAUUGAUUUGGUGCAGCCACACAGAUGGCUCACAAUCCAAACUAAUCUUUGCUUUACACUUGAUUUUGAGAGUCAUAUUCUGUGUCUUUGGCCGAGAAACAUCAUUAUACCCACACAAUUAUACUUCUGAGAUCUACUGUCAUGACAUAAAGGAGGAUUUCUACAAGGAAUUAAGAUGAUUUCCAGUAUAUUUGUUUAUAAAAAUAAAGUAUUUUAAAACAA